AUGAUUCCUAGUCAUGUUCUCAUCCUUGGAGCUCCCCUUAGUGGGAAGUUGCGAGUUUGUAACUUAUUAACGGAUCUUGAAGAAGUUGAAAUUCCAGCCGACCUGCACAGUGGUGUGAUCAUACCGACAACUAUAUCCACCAAAUACUAUUCUGUAGAGCUUAAAAUAUUGGUUGACGAGUACCCUGAGACACGUGGAGAAGAGGUGGAGAACUUGGAUAAGUCUCUUGAAAGUCUUCAAACAUGGAAGUCCGAGUUUAUAUCACCGGAAAUGGUUGAGUUGAGAGACGCUCUUGAUGGGCUAGUGUUCUGUGUUAACACUGAUGACGACAAUAUUUCAGAGAGUUAUCUUCAAGGCUGUUUGGACGAACUCGACCAGGUUCGUCAAUGUCUUGAAGGAGACGGUGGUGAAGUUUGGUCUGGAUUUUUUGCGGUGGUUGGAACCAAACCAAGUUUGGAAUUGGAGGAUCUUGCAAUCUCAAAUGGAUUCGAAUAUGUCACUCUUGAAGAACAUGGGAUCAAUGAAUUUAAAGAGAAAAUCGGUCGGGAUCGUAUAAUAGAGCUUUUUGAGUCUCACGAGUGGCUGCAUAUGGACAUGAAAAAUCCACAACAAGAAAUUGCCAGCAGCUCCGAUUAUACGACGCGCCAACACAACAAACUUGGCCAGAUGACACAAUCAUUACUCAAUGAGAAUGAAGAUGACGGAAAUAAUGAAUCACCAGUUGACCUCAGUGUGAUACUAGAAAAGCUCCAGAUUGCCAAGAGCGAGGUCGAAGGUAUGGAUGAUAAGGAAAAGGAAUUACAUGCUCAGAAGGUUAUAGAAGAAGUGAUGAACUAUUUAUAG